UGUCCUCCCGAGUCCCGAUUCACUGACUGGACCUUCCGCAUCUCUCGCUCGACUCGCUGCCCCCCGCCCCGACGCGCCACCCCCUGUAGCUCCGACGAGAAGGUUCAAGCAGGAGGCGAGCUUUGGACUUUACGUGCUCACAUUCAGAUAUAUGAAAGACCUGUGGUUUUAGAUGUCGGAAAUCGGAUCACUUCCGGUUAUAAAUACACAAAUAUGGUAGCGAAUCCCUUGCUAGCUGAGAAAGAACUGGCGCUGGCAAGUAGAUGCAGUUCAUUGUCUUCAAGCAUGCAAAAGCCUCCUACAUCGUCCUGUCCUACUAUCACAUAUGAAGAAGCUCUCAGAAGGGAACUGGAAUAUCGGAAGAGGCUGGAAAGUACUCAUCCACAUUUGUUGAUUGGUCUUAAUGGAGCCCCUGCGCUGUCCAAGGAUAUCUGUACAGAUUCAGCACCUGAUUUGUUAAAGAGAAAGUUUACUCCUGAGAGCAAUAUGCCUUCACAACAGUCAAGUUUCAGUUUUGCUACUGCACGAAGCCAGCCAGCAAAUUGGUACCCCUCAAAGAAGAAAGUAAUAGUUCGACAGCCGUCAUCACCGGCCGUCCAAGCAUCCAGAACAAAUUCGGUACCUUCUUUUUGGUGCAAAAUAUGUAAGGUGGAUUGCGUUACUGAAUUCAAUUUCGGCUCCCAUAUUGGAGGGAAAAAGCACAAAGCCAGGAAGGAGCAGAUUCUUGGCAAUAGGGGCACUGGAAGACCUUUCAGUCAAUUUGCGGGCAACACAAAUCGUCGACCAAGUGAGAAUACAGUUCCUGAAAGCAGAAAUUAUGAACCAAAUGUGGGUAGCAGCAGUAUUACUGGACCAAGCAGCAGUGUGUCCUCUGGAAGCAGACCUAGUGAAGCAGACCCUGAAGUAUGAAACUAGGUAAUCAGCAUCGUUAAGUACUAUGGAAUUCAGGCUCCAAACAGUUCUGAAGGAGAAUGAGGCUGAUGCUCUCAGAGCGUUGAAGGAGAGAUACUCUGUCAUCACAGUUAACUUAGAUCGGCAUGCAUCUUUCAUUGAGGAGUCCAAUCAGGCAGAAGAGCUUGUGCACGAGAAGACAUGUUCUGCAGUUGCACAGGUUUAGGUGAGCAAGUAGUCGCAAACCUUCAUAAGUUCUGGAAAAGCACAUUGCUCUCUGCUAAAAUGUAAAAACAGGCUGACUGUCAUUGCCAUGGAAAAGGAUAUGUCUUGUAAGUUGUUACUGUCUUGAAUUCAAAAUUAAUGAUGAAUUGGAUAUUGAGUUUGAUAUUUUCGAUGAA